AUGGAAAACAAAUAUAUGAAAUGCUUAUAUCUUGAACAAUUUGAUUAAUCCCUUAUUUUAAAACAAUUACCUAUUCCUAAUCCCAAAUAAGGUGAGAUUUUAAUUAGAGUAGAAGCAACACCUAUUAAUCCUUCUGACAUACUUAUGAUGUAAGGUGGAGUUUAUCCAACUUAAUACAAAAAUGUACCCUUUAUUCCCGGAAUUGAAGCCUCUGGUGUAGUUGUUUAAAGUGGAGGUGGAGAAUUAGCUGACAGUUUAGUCAAUUAGAGAAUAGCUUUUUUUGGUGGUAGUGGAACCUAUGCUUAAUAUGCAGUUAUUAAUGCUUAAUAAUGUCUAUUAAUAGAUGAUGAUGUUAGCUUCAAUUAAGCUGCAACAUCUUUUGUUAAUCCUCUGACAGUAAUUGGUAUGCUAUAAGUAGUGAAUGAAGCUAAAGUAAAAGCAGUAGUUAAUUCUGCUGCUGCUUCAGCUUUGGGAAGAAUGAUGGUUAGAUAUUUCAAAAAUAAUGGUGUUGAAGUUAUCAAUAUCGUUAGAAGAUAAGAAUAGGCUGAUAUUCUUAAAUAGGAAGGUGCCACAAUAAUCCUUAAUUAAACAAAUGAAGACUUUUUAGUCUCUUUAGAAAAAAUAACCUCACAAUUAAAUGCUACUAUUUUUUUCGAUGCCAUAGCCGGCUCUUUCACAGGAUAAGUACUUUCAAGAAUGCCAGAUAACUCUACUGCAUAUGUAUAUGGACUUCUUUCUGGAAAUGAUUGUUCAAUAUCGCCAAGAGAAUUAAUUUUUAAAAACCAAAGAAUUAAAGGAUUUGGAAUGUCUAGCUGGUUCAGUAGUAUUAGUCCAGAAUUAUAAAAAACUUCUCUAUUUAAGCUUAAAAAAUUAAUUAAGAGCGAGCUAAGAACAGAAAUAGCUAGUGAAUAAUCACUUGAAUAGGGAUAAAGUGCUAUUCAGUAAUAUCUUGACAAUAUGUCUUCUGGGAAAAUCAUAUUAAAACCUUAAUUAUGA